AAGGACCACUACAAAGUCAUUUGGCUGUUAAACACCCCCAGUCGUUUGAUUAGGAUUAGAUCAACGAUCAGUAUGGAAUAAGUUGAGCUGAAACAAGAAAAGAGAUUGAUGAGGGUCUGAUCCUGAUGUACGGGAAAAAAUCCAGAAUCCUUAACUCAAAUCAUGAUUCAUGACAACACCCACACAAAAAAAAGAGCUUACUGUGUACCAUGUAUCUUCUCUCCAUGUCUCUUUGUUUACCCUCUUCUCGUCACCCGUGUUCUUAGCUGAUCAUGGUGCCCAGCUUACCCCCCGCUCUCUCUGCAUGUAUCUCUUUUAACCUAUUGUUUAGUCUUUGAUUGAUUGAAUCAAGUACCGAUAGUUUUUGUCCUCUAAAGUUGUUUCCAAUUUUUGAAUGAAAACUCUGUUUCUCUACACUGACUUCUCAUAUAGAAAGUUGGCUUCUUUUUGUCUCAAACAGGUUCAAUCUGCUCCAAUUUUCAAUCUUUAAAAUCCAAGUUCUAUAGUUUCUGGUUUUCUUUCAGUUGUUGAUGGAUAAUAGGAUUGGUUUCUCUGAUUCUAACGAGAUCAGCAAUGGAAGUAGCACUUGCUGCAUAGAAACUCCCUCAACUUCAAAGCCUUUUACAAACCCAGAAAUUGUAGCUCUUCAACAACUAUCAGGAAACCUUGAAGCCAUCUUUGACUCCCAAGAUUUUGACUACUUUGCUGAUGCCAAAAUCACAAGCUCCAAUUACAACCGUGAAGUCCCAGUUCACAGGUGCAUUUUAUCUGCGAGAAGUCCUUUUUUCAAGAGUGUUUUCUCGAGUCCUGUGGCUAAAGACAGAAGUGGGGUAGCAAAGUUUGAAUUGAAGGAAUUGGCUAAGGACUAUGAUGUUGGAUUUGAUUCACUUAUGACAGUCUUGGGUUAUUUAUAUUGUGGGAAAGUGAGGCCUUGGCCUAAAGAUGUUUGUGCUUGUGUGGAUGAUGAUUGUUCCCAUAUUGCUUGCCGGCCUGCAGUUGAUCUCCUGACUGAGGUUCUUUAUGCCUCUUUUACAUUCCAGGUUAAUGAGUUGGUGGCUCUUUAUCAGAGGCACCUAUUAGACAUUCUUGACAAGGUUUCAACUGAUGACAUCUUGGUGAUUCUAGCAGUUGCAAACAUAUGUGGUGAAGCUUGUGAGAGAUUGCUAACAAGAUGCGUUGAGAUUAUUGUGAAAUCAAAUGUUGAUAUUGUUACUCUGGAUAAAGCCUUGCCGCAAUACAUUGUGAAGAAAAUCAUGGAUUCUCGUUUGGAACUUGGUUUGAAUGUGCCUGAGAACAGUAACUUACUAGAUAAACAUGUAAAGAGAAUACAUCGGGCUCUGGACUCGGAUGAUGUUGAGCUAGUUAGAAUGCUACUGAAAGAGGCACAUACUAAUCUAGAUGAUGCGCAUGCACUCCACUAUGCUGUUUCAUACUGUGAUGCAAAGACUACAACUGAGAUUCUUGAUCUUGGAUUAGCUGAUGUUAACUGCAGAAAUUCAAGGGGUUACACCGUGCUGCAUGUCGCUGCAAUGCGGAAAGAUCCUAAGAUUAUAGUAUCUCUCUUAACGAAGGGAGCUCGGCUGUCAGAUCUUACUUUAGAUGGUAGGAAGGCUCUGCAGAUAUCAAAACGACUUACAAGGGCCAUGGAUUAUCAUAAGUCAACAGAGGAAGGAAAAGCUUCUCCCAAGGAGCGCUUGUGUAUAGAAAUAUUGGAACAAGCAGAAAGGAGGGAUCCAUUACUUGGAGAGGCUUCUCUUUCUCUUGCUAUGGCUGGUGAUGACCUGCGAAUGAAAUUGUUGUACCUCGAAAAUAGAGUUGGACUGGCAAAACUCCUUUUUCCCAUGGAAGCAAAAGUUGCAAUGGAUAUUGCUCAGGUUGAUGGUACUUCUGAGUUUCCAUUAGCUGGCAUCAGGCCCAGCAUCUUGUCUGGGGCACAAAGAGGAGCUGUGGACUUGAACGAGGCACCUUUCAGAAUGCACGAGGAGCAUCUAAAUAGGAUGAGAGCACUCUCUAGAACAGUGGAACUUGGGAAACGGUUUUUCCCACGUUGCUCAGACGUACUCAACAAGAUCAUGGAUGCUGAUGACCUAUCACAGAUAGCUUAUUUAGGGAAUGAAACUUCAGAGGAACGACUUGUGAAGAGACAGAGACACCUUGAACUCCAGGAUGCUCUAAGCAAGGCAUUCAAUGAAGAUAAACAAGAGUUCGACAGGUCUGUCAUAUCAUCUUCAUCAUCCACCAAGUCAAUUGGCACGGCGAGGUCUAAUGGGAAGCUUAUUGACAUGGGUGGUGGUCAUUAGGCCCAAUCCUGUUCUCCUGUAUGAUAUGGUUUUAAUGUUUACCUUGAUAAUAAUAACCUUGAAUUCUGUAUCUUCUGAAUUGUAAACACACAUCAUGGGUUGGUUAUCCAGAAAGAAAGGGAAAUAGUUUUUAGUU